AUGGAGGACACAACACUAUCAAAGCUAGCGCCCCGUGCCAACAAGUAUAUUUUUGUUGGAUACAUGGACGGACCCAAAGCCAUCAAAUAUUAUGAUGCGCAUACGUGCCAGAUUAAAAUCUCGCGUAAUUUCCAAUUUUCUUCGAAUUCCCCGGACCAUUUGCCCAGCAACGCGCCUCACGUGCCACAAGAGCAAAUAGGAUCCAACGUACCUAUCCUCACAGCACAGCGUGAGGGGGAGCAAAAUAUAUUUCUGGGCACUUUACCUAGCAAUGCGUCAGAUGUGCCGCAUGCGGAAAGGAGACCCGAAGUCCCAAACCUCACAACGACCGCAGACGUGCAGCGCGAGGGGGAGUUAGGAACUUCCGCGCCACAGUCACCUGCCAAAAAUCCGCGAAAGCGCAGACAGGAUGAUGAUCCUGAUCAACGCGAGGAAAGCGGGACGGACGCACCAAGCCAGCCCAGACGAACCAGAAGAAAGACAGUUCGGCAUGAUUACCGUCUAAUGCACAACCCAGAGGCAGACGAAGAUCUGGAUAAUGAUCCAGAUAAAUCAAAUGCUGAAUUAGUCUAUAUUGCGAUGAGCGCCCACGGAAAUGCGGAUGCGGACGAGCCAAAGACACUCAGUGAUGCCAAGAGAUCACUCGAGUGGCCCAAAUGGGAACAGGCAGUCCAGACGGAACUCAAUCAACUACAGGGUAUGGAGACUUGGGAGUUAGUGGAACCUCCAAAAGAUCGAAAACCCAUAGGAAAUAAAUGGGUUCUAGUUAAGAAAACAAACAAAGAGGGUGAAAUAAUCAAAUACAAAGCCCGCCUGGUUGCGAAGGGAUAUUCUCAAAUCCCAGGCAUGGACUAUACCGAGACGUUCGUGCCCGUAGUCUGCCUCGAAACCAUUCAAGCUAUCCUCGGGCUAGCUGCAAUCUUAGAUUGGGAGAUCGGACAGAUGGACGUGAAAGGCGCCUAUCUUAAUGGAACUCUCAAAGAAGAAGUGUAUAUGCAGCAACCCGAAGGAUACAGCGAUGGAACAUACCGCGUAUGUAAAUUAAAGAAAACCCUCUACGGGCUAAAGCAGUCUGGCCGAGAAUGGAAUAUCGUGCUGAACCGCAAGUUACUAGACGCGGGAUUCAAGCGCCUAUUCUCGGAUCCAUGUGCGUACAUACGGAUUAAAGGUGAUAAGAUAGAAAUCGUCACCGUUUGGGUGGACGACCUAUUAAUAUUCACCAAUGAUUGCGCACUGAUGGACCAAUUGAAGAGGGAACUCCGAAAUAUGUUCGAAGUUACCGACCUUGGCGAACCCCGAAAAAUUGUGGGGAUAGAAAUUGAGAGAGACCGUUCAAAGCGGACAAUCAAAAUCUCUCAGACAAAAUAUAUUGAGUCUAUCCUACACAAGAAUGGGCUUACGAAUGCCAACAUGGUCGGGAUGCCUCUUGAUCCAAAUACAGUGCUUGAAAAAGAAGAACCCGAAACUGAUGACGAAUGCGACCGAGACAAUGGAUAUGCAUCGCUCGUCGGAUCACUGAUGUACGCGGCAAUUGCCACGAGACCAGACAUUGCUCACGCCGUGCAACGGCUUAGCUCAUUUACUGCCAAUCCCGGAAUGGCUCAUUGGACUGCUGCUAAACGCGUCCUCCGCUAUCUAUCCGGAACGCAAGAACUUGGAAUAAUCUACGGGCCAAUUGCAGAUGUUGUUACAACGCUCCCCACUUGUGGCGCGUCUUUUCUUUUUCUUUUCCUUGUUCCCUUUACGUUACCAGACCACGUGAUCCAACACGUGACUCAUCGGAGCGCAACCUCCGAUUCUUUACCCAGAUGUCCAGAACCCCUAGUCUAG